CCGCUCUCUGUUUGUUGCUUGCUGAAAGCCGCCCGCGUUGCGCCAUUUUGAAAGUGUAAUGGUGGGAGAGGCAGAGGCGAGGGAAAUCUCAAAGUAGAGUGCAAAGUCUACAAUUCACUACGAAGGAUUGUGGUUUACUUUCCCUGUUUGCAAACUAUUUCGUGCUGUCUAUAUCGACUGGGCCGAGGACUUGCACGGUCUUCGGAGUUACUAACACCACUCUCCGGUUUAUUCCUCCACGGCUCCUCGGUCAGAACCACCCAGCCGACCCGGGUCAGCACUGCUUCAGUCCAGGGCCCGAGCCCGCUACAGAGACACCCUCUGUCUGAGACGCUCACCAUGGCAGGGGCCGGUGGUGGGAACAGUGAUGUGCAGUGGUGCUUUUCCCAAGUCAAAGGAGCAAUAGACGAUGAUGUCGCUGAAGCUGAUAUCAUAUCUACUGUUGAAUUCAACCACUCGGGGGAGCUGCUAGCUACUGGGGACAAAGGGGGCCGUGUUGUCAUCUUUCAGCAGGAACCAGAAAGUAAGAGUCAGCCACAGUGUCGAGGAGAGUACAAUGUUUACAGCACCUUCCAGAGCCAUGAGCCUGAGUUUGACUACCUGAAAAGCCUUGAGAUCGAGGAGAAGAUCAACAAGAUUCGAUGGCUGCCUCAGAAGAACGCAGCACAGUUCCUUUUGUCUACAAAUGACAAAACCAUAAAGCUGUGGAAAAUUAGUGAGCGUGACAAGAGACCGGAGGGCUACAAUUUGAAGGAAGAAGAUGGGCGAUACAGAGAUCCCAAUACAGUCACAACACUACGGGUGCCAGUAUUCAGGCCCAUGGACUUGAUGGUGGAAGCCAGCCCUAGACGAGUGUUUGCAAAUGCUCACACCUACCAUAUUAACUCCAUCUCAGUCAACAGUGAUUGUGAGACAUACCUGUCUGCAGAUGACCUGCGCAUUAACCUGUGGAAUCUGGAGAUCACAGAUCGCAGCUUUAAUAUUGUUGACAUUAAGCCAGCCAAUAUGGAGGAGUUGACGGAGGUGAUAACGGCAGCAGAGUUCCACCCCAAUCAAUGCAACACUUUUGUCUACAGCAGCAGCAAGGGCACCAUCCGCCUGUGUGACAUGAGGGCAUCAGCACUGUGCGACAAACACUCCAAACUGUUUGAAGAGCCAGAGGAUCCAAACAAUCGGUCAUUCUUUUCUGAGAUCAUCUCAUCCAUCUCUGAUGUAAAAUUCAGCCACAGUGGACGCUACAUGAUGACCCGCGACUACCUGUCAGUCAAAAUCUGGGAUCUCAAUAUGGAGACCCGGCCAGUAGAGACAUAUCAGGUGCAUGAAUAUCUCAGGAGUAAGUUGUGUUCGCUCUAUGAGAAUGACUGCAUCUUCGACAAGUUUGAGUGCUGUUGGAAUGGGAACGACAGCGUCGUGAUGACCGGUUCCUACAACAACUUCUUCAGGAUGUUCGACAGAGGCUAUCGGCAGGACGUAACCCUAGAGGCGUCACGGGAGAACAGCAAGCCACGAUCUGUCCUUAAACCUCGCAAAGUAAGCACAGGUGGGAAGCGCAAAAAGGAUGAGAUCAGUGUAGACAGUCUGGACUUUAACAAGAAGAUCCUCCACACUGCCUGGCAUCCUCUGGACAACAUCAUUGCUGUGGCCACCACCAACAACCUGUACAUAUUCCAGGAAAAACUGAACUAGCAUUUCAUGAACCGCUCAGAUCCCAGUUUCCGCUUGAGCCCCACUGCUCUGAUACACACAUAGAAACAAUAUCUGUCCGUCUUUGGCUAAAUCUCUGAGGCUUGAUUGAUCUUCCCUUUAUGAUUUUAGUAUUGAAUGUGACAAGACUUACUCUGUCAACAACAGUGGCAUUAACCCAGUAUAUCCACACAGGCCAUCACAAGCUCAUUUCCAUAUGUAUUACAAAUAUAAACAUGCAGAUCUGAGUCCAGAACUUGGGAUUUAGUUUCAUGGAUUUUCUCCAUUACGAGCACUCCAUUCACAAAGCUACCGUUUGCAACUCUACUACAUCCCAAACCAAAGGGGAAAUGUGUGAAAUACACACAUUUGGCUAGUUUGUUUCCGUAUUCUUUUGUGCCAUCGUGACAUGAUUCAUUUGUGUUGUUGCUACCACUUGUUAAGUUUUUGUAGCUACCAUGUUUUAUUAGUUUGAAAUAGGAAAUUCUUUCUACUGUUUAUACUUCUUUCUGUCACCAAGUUCCUUUUCGUACUGACCUGAAACACUAAUACAAGCUGUCAACACUCCAUAUUUGCCCCAAGUUUUUGUCAAGUUGCCAAGCUCAUUCAACUCUUCUCUCCUUAUGUACAGUACAGUUAUGCUGUUAAAGGACUAUUCUAGUGUUAUAAAACGUUUUUCAUGUCGUUUUCUACAAAUAGUGAAACUUGCAUUACUGCUAACCUUUUGUCCACAGCGGACCAAUAUUUAUUAGAUCCAAUUUUCAAGUCAGCCACUACUUUACAUUAAUUUCUCUACAGUAAAGAAAGUCACCUUACUUGAAACCGACUUGACUUGUAUUCCAUGGCAGUGACCUUUUUGUUGUCUUUGAUUAAGUCAAAGUAAUUGUUUGGUGGUAAUGCGGUUGCAAGCAGGAAAGCUCAGUGUGUUCAAGUGUACCAAACCAAAACCUAAGACUGUAUGUUCACUGAGAUGGAUUACUUAUCUCAAACAAGUUUCAUGCCUGCAUUAUUGUGUACUGAAAUGUGAAAUUUGGGGAACUGGUCAGCAGUAAUGUAUGUCAUUUCUAGGUAAUGGCCAAAAACAUAAAUAUGAAACAACAAAACACCAGAGUUGUCCUUUAACAUGGACACAAAAAUGGCGUGCGCACACAUUUGUCAGGUAUGGUGUUUUGAGUUAAAUGGGGGCUAAUCAUGCCAGAGUAACCAGUUCUACACUCUAAGGUUAAACUCGUUUAAAGCUGUCCUCCCGCUGGUCAGACUGGACAUGUGUGGACCACUAUGUAAAGCUCAGGACAAAAGCUUAUAUACGUGGAAGGGCAUAAUGGUGUGAUGUAGCCUGAUUGUUUCAUGGUCUGUGGCACCAAACUGAGUGCUGCUGCCAGGGUCCCCACAAAGCCUGUUGUGGUGUUAGAUUGAUCGACCGCUUUACCCUCUGGAUCUAGUUUUUUUUUUUUUUUUUUUUUUUUAUGUUUUGUACUGUACCUGAUGAUAAAAGAAUAAUCACUAUAGCUGAUUUAUUUUUGUAUAAAUUAAGGCAAUAGGAUUACAGUCUGAUCACUGUAGUUUCUUUAGCUGUCUGUCUCGGGCUGAUUGUAGAUGGCAGGUUGCCUGGUCGGGUCACCUUUUAGUCAUGACUUUGGGAUAUUUUCUUUAUUCCUGCAGGUAUUUCUUUAAAAGAUGAGACUUUUUGUGACGUCAAAGUGUGUCGUUUCUCAAGUGGGAUGCCCAAAGAAAAGUAUUUUCAGGUGUCGGUACCUCUGUAGUCGUAAGCACUAUAACAGUUUAUUUUUUUAAUUUGGCAGACUGUGACUGCUGUUUAUGUAGAACUUUAUUUGGAGUUAGAUUCUGAGUUAAUUUGGAUCUUAACAUUCUGUUUUUGUGCCAUGGUUUUGUUUAUGAAUCCUUUUGCUCGCUGUGAAAGAUUAGGACCUUGUAGGUCUAAAUGAGAAAGGCAUUUUAAUCAACAUGUUAUGUUAAAACUGUUAAUCACGUUCUCUAAAGGUAGUCAAGUCAGUUGACUAGGCAGUUACUGAUUUUUAAUUAUUGUAUGGAAUAUCUUCUCUCUCCUGUGAUGCAGGAUAAUACAUACAUGUUGGCUUAAAAGGGAGAGUUUGUGAAACAUUUGGUUUGCAGAUGAUUGUUGUACGGCAGCCGUCAUUAACAACUUUUUUUGAAAUAGUUGUAUUGAAAUAGUUUCUCUGCUUCAGUCACAUGCUGCCAAUCCUCUUCUGGAGCAAACCGGUUGAUUAUAGCACAGUUUUCCACUUCACUGAAAUGACUUUUUUUAAGACCUAUUUAGCCAUUGAAUCAGGGCAUGAAGCUUAUUGGUCCAUUGGAUCAUAUUUAUGUAAGUUAAUGUGUCACUCCUGCCUUAGAGAACUUAUUUCCAAUCACUAGGAUGCCACCAAAAUAACCACCCAUCUCCAGAUGGUGGUGUAAGGCUACUGCUGAGUGUCACUCUCUCAGGGCUUUGGGUAAUGUCCUUUUCAGUAAUGAUGCUUAUUUUGCAACCUUUUGAAACUUUUUCUUUGUCUAAUGCAAGAUUGUGUGAGGGUCAGUCAACUUAUUUUCCUCUUGUCAUAUAUAAAUAAACCGGUGUAAUGUGGCACCUUUGUCCCAUUCCACAGUCAAGGAUGAUACAGUCAAUUAGCCACCACCAACAAGAAGUGCUUUCCAUUCAAAAUAUGAGAUCAGCUAUCAGCCUCGUCCCGUAAUUCAUCCAAAGGAAACAUCUAUUCACUCACUAAUUGUUCAAUAACCAUUGUUCUUACAACCUGGAAGAUGAUAGAAAUGUUGGAAAAUGCAAAAAUCUGUGUAAAAAGAAAGUAUCAAAUUUGAAUUGGCACUUUUGUUUUUGAAAAUAUCUUGUUACAUUGGCUUUUUUAAAAAUCUAAUCUUUGCAGAGGCGGUCAUCACCGACUGUACGAGUGUCAGAGAAUUAUUGAAUAAACGGUCACUGAUGUUCAUAGAUCUUUGUCACUUUCCCCUCAUACUGUCUUCAUAGCUGUUGUUCACGGCUGUGGUGUAAACCGCAAAGACAUUUAGAAGAACCCUAAUGCCUUUCUUAUAGCAUAAAGAAAAAAUAAGAUAAUCAAGUAUGUUUCUUGAAUUUUUCAGACAGGAGACUGCUCAGGGGACUUAACUGCUGCUCUGUGAUCAAAACCUUGUACCUUCAAGGGGGGGGAAAAAAAAAAAGCAGCUUUUCAGGACUUUAUUAAAAACUGCCUUAUUUACAGGUAGGGUAUACACCUUUUGAAAUUAAAGUUGCUAUAAUUGCUUUUGAACAUGAACCUUGGGUCAACGUAACGUGCCCUCCACAUACAAAGGAUCAUGAAAUCUCAAGGAAAGUGUCUAAAUUGGAGUUAUGAGGUUUUUCCACUUGAAGCAGCAUUAUAUACAUGUCUAAUGUAUCACAGGAGUAAAAACAAAAUGCACUUUUUAUUUUUGUGAAUUUCUUUAAUUUCUAUAGUUUUGUUUAUUUCUUUUAAGGGACUCUUGAAUAAAGAUUGUAGGAGAGUUUUGGUGAUCUGUUGGGGGGGGGGGGGCUACAAAGGGUUCAAUGUACAGCAAUGUUUGUCUUUGUCAAAUUGAAUAAAGUACAGUUUAGAUGAAAAGUAAUAAAGAAUUUCAAACCUGA